AUGAAGUCGUUGCAUUUGAGACCCAUCAAGGUCUCUCCCGCGGACAUGACCAUGAAGAAGAGAAAACGAUCCCCAAAACAGACCCCACCUCCUCCCUCAACGCCCCCAACUCCCCAAACCCAGGCCCGCCACUCCCUCAACACCGCAAAAACCCGGGUCUGGUCCCCUCUCAACUUGACCCAGGUCGAACUCUAUUUGCCACUCACUUUUCCGACGGGCCAAACCUUCCGCUGGAGAAGCACCGCCCCUCUACAAUACACCGGCGUCGUUGGGCCCCACCUCAUAUCCCUCAAACACCUCCAAAACGGCGACGUUUCUUACUGCCUCCACUCUCACUCUCACCCUGAAAACGCCAAAACCGACUUGCUAGAUUUCCUAAACGCCGCCGUUUCUCUCGCCGAUUUAUGGAAGACGUUUUCUGCUUCCGAUGCGAGGUUUGCGGCGCUAGCGCGCCACUUGAGCGGUGCGAGGGUGCUCCGGCAAGACCCAUUCGAGUGUUUGAUCCAGUUUCUGUGCUCUUCCAAUAACAACAUUGCACGAAUCACGAAGAUGGUCAACCACGUGUCGUCCCUGGGAACACACGUGGGAGACGUUGGAGGGUUUCAGUUCCACGCUUUCCCUUCUUUAGAGCAACUUUCCUCCGUCUCAGAGCAGCAACUCAGAGACGCGGGUUUCGGUUACAGGGCGAAAUAUAUAAUUGGUACGGUUAAUGCUUUGCGAACAAAACCUGGUGGAGGGGAAGAAUGGCUUCGUACUCUUCGUAAGUUGGACCUUCCAGAUGUUAUAUCUGCACUUUCUACGUUACCUGGUGUGGGUCCUAAAGUGGCUGCUUGCAUUGCUCUCUUCUCGCUUGAUCAACACCAUGCCGUUCCUGUUGACACUCACGUGUGGCGGAUUGCCACCAAGUAUCUCUUACCUGAGCUUGCAGGUUCCCAGUUGACUCCAAAGCUCUGUAAUCGUGUUGCAGAGGCAUUUGUUACCAAGUAUGGCAAAUAUGCUGGGUGGGCGCAGACUCUAUUGUUCAUAGCUGAAUUACCUUCUCAGAAGGCCAUCAUACCUUCAGAUUUGUGGACCAUCAAACAACGGAAUCCUGCAAAGAUAGAAGACGGUGAAGAAGAAGUUGCUUUGAUUGAUAUGUUGUAA